CAUCGGGCGGCAGAACUCCACGACAACGAGCGGUUCCCGUUUGCGGAUCCUCCAGAAACGUAAAUAGUGCAUGACAGCUGCGGGCGCACGUGGUAUAUAGGCCUUUUUAGAUCGUCGGUGCUUAUUGACCUGUUUAUCGCGAGACGUAGCCGUCAUUCCAAGAUGUGGAUACUGCCGAUUAAAACGACGUUGUCAUGUCAGGAUCAUCUUCACUGCGUGUAUUCUCCAUGCCAAGCGUGUUAUGAUUUCGGGAAGAUGUAACUCAUCAUCAAUAGCUCGCUGCAUAUCUGAGUUAUCUAAGAAACAGUGGAGUGCGGGAACGCAAGGGUAUCGCAAAAAGUAUCUCACCAAAAGUGCUCUACCCUCCGUUGAGUGCGAUAUGAAGAAGUUGUGCCAGUCAGUGCCUAUUCUGUCGACAUCCGCCAGAACGGCGUCGACGUCCCGACAGGAUAGCGAGAAAGAAACCGAUCAGCCUGAAGUGAAAAAGAAUCGCUUGAGGCUGGAAAAGUCGCCGUAUCUAUUGGAACAUGCGACCAAUCCUGUGGACUGGUAUCCCUGGGGCGACGAGGCCCUGGAAAAGGCGAAGAAGGAAAAUAAGCUAAUUUUUGUGUCGAUCGGCUACUCUACGUGUCACUGGUGCCACGUGAUGGAGAAGGAAUCGUUUAAGAACGAAGAAGUCGCGAAAAUUAUGAACGAGAACUACGUUAAUAUCAAAGUGGAUAGAGAAGAGAGGCCUGAUAUCGACAUGAUGUGCAUGAUGUUUAUUCAGAGAUUGAGAGGCCACGGCGGUUGGCCAUUGAGUGUUUUCCUGACGCCGGAUUUGAUGCCGUUAACGGGCGGAACAUACUUCAGCUCUGCAAUGUUUACGUUGUACUUGACACGAAUUGCGAAGGAGUGGACGGAGGAGAAAAACAAAAUGGUCAAGUCCGCCACUACUAUAGCAGAACGUUUGAAGGAAUUGGCCUCGAGCAGACAUGACGUGAAAGACGAUGGAGUUCCUGCGAUUGAUUGCGCUUUCUUGUGCGCUCACGUUCUAAUGAACAUAUACGAUAAGGAAUACGGCGGAUUUGGCAGCUCAUCCGCCACGAACCCGAACUCACCGAAAUUUCCCGAACCGUGCAAUUUAAAUUUUCUUCUCAGUAUGCACGUUCUAAGUACUUCUGCCAUGUUGGUUGAGAUGUCUUUAGAUGCAACCCUGAAUACCUUGAGGAAAAUGGCUUACGGUGGAAUUCACGAUCACAUAGGGAAAGGAUUUCACCGGUACACCGUGGACGCUCGAUGGAGAGUUCCUCACUUCGAGAAAAUGCUUUACGAUCAAGCUCUGUUAAUACAAUGCUACGCUGACGCGUACAUCAUUACGAAAGAUACCUUCUUUUCCGAUAUCGUGGACGAUAUCGCGGUGUACGUCCUACGUAUGCUGCAACACAUGGAAGGUGGUUUCUUCAGCGCGGAGGACGCGGACUCGCUACCCAAGUCAGAUGCGCCAGCGAAGCGGGAAGGCGCAUUUUAUGUUUGGACCUAUGACAGUCUUAAGACUCUUUUAAAAAAGAAAGUACCUGGUAAGGACAAUGUUAGAUAUUUUGACCUUAUCUGCCGACAAUUCUCAGUGCGGAAGGAGGGAAAUGUAGAAAGCCCACAAGAUCCUCAUGGCGAGCUUACAGGCAAGAACGUAUUUUGGAUGGAGUCGGGAAUAGAGGAUACCGCUAAUCAUUUUAAGCUUAGCGUAGAGGACACACAAAAGUAUAUAAACGAGGCCUGUACUAUAUUGUUUUUCGACAGAACAAAUAGACCGUGGCCCAGCCUGGACGACAAGAUCGUAACAGCAUGGAACGGUCUUAUGAUAAGUGGCCUUGCGCGUGCUGGAAUAGCUGUGAAAAACAAGAAGUAUGUUGAAGCAGCGACAGAAGCUGCCACAUUCGUGGAGCGAUAUCUAUUUGAUAAAAAGAAACGCAUACUGCUUCGCAGUUGUUAUCGCAGUAGGACGGACGACAAAAUUAUACAGAGGAGCGCACCGAUACCUGGCUUUCAUGAGGAUUACGCGUUCCUCGUGAAGGGAUUGCUCGACUUGUACGAGGCCACCUUCGACCCGCAUUGGAUCGAAUUUGCCGAGGAGCUGCAGGAUACUCAGGAUCGAUUGUUCUGGGACUCGGAGGAUGGCGGUUACUUCGCUAUGGCCGAGGAGUCUUCAAUACUUACACGAAUGAAAGACUCUGACGAUGGCGCGCAGCCGUCUAGUAAUUCAAUCGCGUGUUCCAAUAUGUUGCGCCUAGCGAUUUACCUGGAUCGCGACGAUCUCAGGAAUAAAGCUGAGAAACUUCUGUGCGCGUUCGGCAACAAACUUGUGAGCUGUCCGGCUGCAUGUCCACAAAUGAUGUUAUCGCUAAUCGAAUAUCAUCACCCGACGCAGAUUUACGUAACAGGGAAAACGGAUGCCAAGGAGACGAUUGAGAUGUUGGACAUAAUCCGCGAGCGUCUGAUGCCUGGUAGAGUGCUCAUAUUAGCCGAUGCUGAGCAAUCGGACAACAUACUGUUCCGUAGAAACAUGAUUGUUAAAAGAAUGAAGCCGCAGAAAAACCGGGCGACGGCCUUCAUAUGCCGUGAUUAUUCAUGCUCUCUACCCAUCUCAAACACCAGCCUCCUCAUUUCUGAGUUGGAUAAAAAGGUGUUUACCGAUUUAUAA